AUGCUUUCCAGUUCCAGACUAAAAACUGGGCGUAUAAUUAAUUUGGCUGUCUGCACGGUUAAUCAAUGGGCACUUGAUUUUACUGGAAAUAAGGAGAGAAUAUUGAAAACCUGUCGAGAUGCUUAUGAGAAAGGUUCAAAAAUUCGUCUUGGACCAGAAUUGGAAAUACCUGGAUAUAAUUGUCUUGAUCAUUUUCAUGAACUUGACACUGAACUACAUUCGUGGGAAAUUUUGAAAGAAAUUGUUGAUGAAUCGAUUAAAAUGCCAGACCUAUUAAUCAUCACAGGAAUGCCCAUUCGCUAUAGAUUAGGACUUUACAAUUGUAUGGUUUCUUUGGCAAAUGGACGCCUUAUUUUUGUCUAUCCAAAAACUGUUUUGGCAAAUGAUGAUAUUUACAGAGAAGGAAGAUGGUUCGUUUCCUGGGUGCACAAAAAUAAAAUUGUUGAUUUAAAAUUAAAUCCAGAUUUUGGAUUUUCUCAGGAAACUGUUCCCUUCGGAAAUGGCUUUAUUGAAUCAAAAGAUGGUGUUAAAAUAGGUUUUGAAAUGUGUGAAGAAAUGUGGACUGCACGUUCUCCAAGUAAUGACUUGGCAUUACAAGGAGUUGAAAUUAUAUGUAAUUCUAGUGGAAGUCAUCAUGUACUUGGAAAAUCUUAUAAAAGAAUUAAACAAUUAGUUUUGGGAAUUACUUCGAAGUUGGGAGGUGUUUAUAUGUAUUCAAAUCAUCGUGGAAUGGAUGGUGAACGAGUCUAUUUUGAUGGAAUGUCUUCAAUUGCCCAAAAUAAUGAUCUUUAUGCACAUAUACCUCAAUUUGAUUUGGAAGAUACUUGUACUAAAAAUUGUUUAUUAAAUUUGGAUAAAACGACAGUUUAUCGUGGAAAUAUUGCUAGUACUUGUCAAGAGUCAAGUCGUUCCGGAGAUAUGCCAAUAAUUAAUUUUGAUGCAAUCCUUUUAAAUUCGAAUACAAUAAAUCAGCAACUUUCACUUCCAAUCGAAGUUAAACCUUUGAGUGAUGUAGAGGAACUUUGUCAUGCUCCAGCUGCAUGGAUGUGGCAUUAUUUGAGGAGAAGUAAACAGAGCGGCUUUUUCCUUCCUCUAUCUGGUGGACAAGACAGUUCUUCCGUUGCAUUAAUGGUUAGAUUAAUGUGUGAAAAAAUUUGUGAAGCUGUUAGAUUAAAUCCAGGUUUAUUUUUAUUUUUAAAGAAGGGGUCUAAAAGAUUUUCUUUUAAAGAUUCUAACGAUCCUGCCUAUUUUUUGGAAGGAAAGAAAGUUAAUUCUGACCCUUCUUUGUUAUGUAAACAAAUACUUUUUACUUGUUAUAUGGGUUCGAAAAAUUCUUCACAAAUGACGAGAGAUUUGGCUGCUGGUUUGGCUAAAGAUAUUAAUGCAAACCAUUCAAACAUUGUUAUUGAUUCAAUUGUUGAUAGUUGUUUACAAACACUUAAUUUCACUCCACAAUAUGAGUCCCCAGAUAAAAGAGAAGGCAUCGCUUUACAAAAUUUACAAGCUAGAACAAGAAUGUUAUUGGCAUAUUUACAUGCACAAACUGAUUUAAUAACACAAGGACGUACUGGAAAUUUGCUAGUGCUUGGUGCUUCAAAUGUGGAUGAGAGUUUGGUUGGGUACGUCACCAAAUAUGAUUGUUCUUCAGCAGAUUUAAAUCCAAUAGGAGCAAUUUCAAAACAUGAUUUGAGAAAAUUUCUUCAAUAUGUUAAUUCUACACAUAAAUUUGUUCAUUUACAAGGAAUUAUAGAUUCAGUCCCUACAGCAGAAUUAAGACCUUUAAAAAACGGACAAAUAGUCCAAACAGAUGAAGAAGAUAUUGGAUUAACCUACAACGAAUUGUCUGAAUUUGGAAAGUUGAGAAAACCAGAAAAUUUGGGUCCUGUUGGAAUUUUUAAAAAUUUGUUGAAUUUUUGGAAUGAAAAAUAUAAUAAUGAACAGAUUGCCCAGAAGGUGGAAAUAUUUUUUAGACGGUAUACUAUUAAUAGACACAAGGCAACGAUUGCUACUCCAGCUUAUCACGCAAACACCUACAGCAAUGAUGACCACAGAAAUGAUCACAGACCAUUCUUAUAUCCAGAUUUUACUCACCAAUUUAAUAAAAUACGUGAAUUUGUUAAAGAAUUAAAUUUUAAAAAAUAA